CCGUGUGUACUGCUGAUAGUGGUGGUGGGGAACUGCACCACAAGAUAACACCCCAGAUGAAGGUCGUGGAAGAAGGAGGAGGGACACUUACUCUGGUCUCACCUACAAGGAUUAUCUUCCCUGAAUAUCCUUCAGGCCUGAGAAUGAGGAAGAUUGCAAAUUUUCACAAUCUUUGGCAUCGCAAGAAGAGGCAAGCAGGAGGAGACUUUGAAUUCAUUAGUAGAAUUGUACUCCUAAACGAGUCGGUCAACUACACUGAUAGUACC